AUGAACAGCUCUCUGAUCCAUUUUUUAACCGCAUUUCUAGUGGCGGGUCUGAGGAUCCUCAACUGCAGAGCAGGGCGCAAUUGGGAGUACGAGCCCGUUACCCUAGAAGCCUUCUCCUCGGACGAAAGUCUCCUGAAGAUCUCCACCAAAGUAGACCGAUUGGGACGAGCAGACUUUGCCUUCUCCAUGACCCUGGACUGGAACUACGAUGCGGAUAAGGACACCAUGGUUGAGGCCGACUGCUACCACUGCACCUCGGGCGAUGAGAGCGACUACAAACUGAUGCCCUUCUCCAUUCCCAAGCAGCCCUUCUUCGAGUACCUCAACGCCUUCUACAAGGACGCCUUCAUCAAGAACGUGGGCCACUGCUCCAACCUGGUCCAGUUCGAGGGCGAGUUUGCCCCGCCAUGGCCCCGAGGCGUCUACAAGCUGGACAAGUGCGUGGCCAGUGGCGAGGGAUUGCCGGAAGUGGUGCCGGAAGGAUACUACAAGAUCGUCUACAACACCACGGGGCAGGUUACUUGGGGCUUUAUUUUUGUGGUGCGAGUUACCCAGAAGGUGAUCUAA